AGAAGAAAAAGAAGAUGAGAGUAAAAAGGCAGAAGAAAAACAGGAGAACCGUCAGAUUCUUUACUGUAUGUUUCGGAUUCCGUCAGCCUUUCAAAGUACUCUGCGACGGCACUUUCAUCCACCAUCUUGUUGCUAAUGAGAUCACUCCCGCCGAUACUGCUAUCUCCGAACUCCUCGGUGGUCCCGUCAAGCUCUUCACCACCAGAUGUGUUGUUGCGGAGUUGGAGAAACUGGGUAAUGAUUUUUCUGAAUCUCUGGAAGCUGCUCAGAUGCUGAGUACAGCAACAUGUGAGCACGAGGAGGCAAAAGCAGCGGAUGAGUGUUUGUCAGAAGUUUUAGGUAUAAAAAAUUCUGAGCAUUUCUUUCUCGGAACUCAGGAUGCUGAGUUUAGGAAAAAGCUUCAGCAGGAGACUAUUGUUCCUCUUGUGUUUGGUUUAAGGAACAUUCUGCUGAUCGAACAACCUUCUGAUUUCCAACGUGAGACUGCCAAAGACUCUGAAAAAAGAAGGUUAAAUAUGACUGACACAGAAAAAAGAUUGUUGGCGAAAAAGACUUCGAAGAUCAUAGCUUCCAAUAGAGAAGAAGGAACAAUUGUAAAUGAAGAAUGGGGGAUGCCUCGAGUAAUCUCUACAAGAAAUGUACUUGGUGUGAAAGAUAGACCUCAAUUCAAGAGAAAUAGAGCAAAGGGUCCAAAUCCACUUUCAUGCAUGAAGAAAAAGAAGGACAACAGUACAGAGAAACGUCGACCCAACUCUAACUCUGGUGCACAAAAGGAAAAGAAAGAAGCCGAGAGUGAUACAAAAAAGAGAACAAGAAAACGAUCGAAGAAAGGAAAAUCUGGUCCGGAGAGCAACGAGUGAAAACAGAGGAUAUUAACAUUUUAUUAAGCGACUCACCAAGAAUUUUUGAUGCCUUUUCUUGAACGGUUAUGUUUUACUACUGCAUUCUAAAAUUUUGGUCACCAAUCGCACUAUAGUUGUAGUCACAUUGCUUUGAGUCUUUGACACCCU